GAACGCAUCUGUUUGAAAACGGUUCCCUAUAGAUAUGGCAAUGGUAGUGGGUGCGUGGCGAGACCCUCAGGACGAUGUACCAGGAACUCAACCUUCACAAGCACCACCAGGGCAAGGACCAGCGGGGGCACCACACACCCCACAGACUCCAGGGCAAGGGGUACCUUCCUCUACCCCUGCCCAAUCCAACCCAUCGAGUCAGUCCAGCCAGAACCAAGGGGACAAGACACAACAACAGCAACACAUUGAGUGUGUUGUGUGUGGGGACAAGUCUAGUGGAAAACACUAUGGCCAGUUCACAUGUGAAGGCUGCAAAAGCUUCUUUAAGAGAAGCGUAAGGAGGAAUCUGAGUUACACUUGUCGUGCCAACAGGAACUGCCCCAUAGACCAGCACCACCGCAACCAGUGCCAGUACUGUCGGCUCAAAAAAUGCCUCAAAGUUGGCAUGAGACGGGAAGUUUCUUCUUUUUUUACUGCAGCCGUACAGAGGGGUAGAAUGCCACCCACACAGCCUACACAUGGUCAGUUUGCCUUGACAAAUGGGGACCCUCUCAAUUGCCAUUCCUACCUAUCCGGAUAUAUAUCCCUGCUUCUGAGGGCUGAACCUUACCCAACCUCUAGAUUCGGCAGUCAAUGUAUGCAACCCAACAAUAUCAUGGGCAUAGAGAACAUUUGUGAACUGGCAGCCAGGAUGCUCUUCAGUGCUGUGGAAUGGGCACGGAAUAUCCCCUUCUUCCCAGACCUCCAGAUCACAGACCAGGUGGCACUUCUCAGGCUGACCUGGAGUGAGUUAUUUGUCCUCAAUGCUGCCCAGUGCUCAAUGCCACUUCAUGUUGCCCCUCUGCUAGCUGCUGCUGGCCUCCACGCUUCUCCCAUGUCUGCGGACAGAGUGGUGGCCUUUAUGGACCACAUACGAAUCUUCCAAGAGCAAGUGGAGAAACUGAAGGCACUACACGUUGACUCAGCAGAAUACAGCUGCUUAAAAGCUAUAGUACUCUUCACUUCAGAUGCCUGUGGUCUAUCUGAUGUUGCCCAUGUGGAGAGUUUGCAGGAAAAGUCACAAUGUGCUUUGGAAGAAUAUGUUAGAAGCCAAUACCCCAAUCAACCCACAAGAUUUGGGAAAUUGUUACUACGUCUGCCCUCUCUCCGCACUGUGUCCUCUUCCGUUAUAGAACAAUUGUUUUUCGUCCGUUUGGUAGGUAAAACACCGAUAGAAACCCUAAUCAGGGAUAUGUUACUCUCUGGAAGCAGUUUCAAUUGGCCCUAUAUGUCCAUACAAUAAAAUCUUAAUUAAUGAAAGGGAAAGAAGGAAGGAGUGGAGAAAAAAAUAAUCAAGACUUUUGGGGGUCUGGUUGCCAAAAUUCCUUCUGCUAAGAGGGGAUAAACAGGCUGUUACACGUUUACUUAAAGAAGAGAGGGAAGAAUUUAUCGGACUGUGAAUUUAAAGACUAUCAACGAACUCUUAAAGAAUGCAUUUAAACAUGUGUCGUUCAGAACAACUUGCUACUUAUAAUUUUUUUGUACAAAAAAACAAACAAAAUAAAACAGGAGAUUAGUCUUUUUUGUAACCUUUUAAACUAUCGCUAAAAAGUGCAUUUAAGCAGAUGUGGAGAAAAUUAGCAGAAAGAAGAAAGUAAGUUUUUUUUUUUCCAAAUUAUUAAUUGUCCUGUGUCUAUGUAUCUAUAGCUCUUUUAAUUUUUUUUUUUGUAUUUUUCUGGUUCCAAACCAGUUUAUUCUGUGGUUCUAUAAUAUUUUUUAUAUAUUCUUGGCUUAAAAAACUGUGUAUUCUUAAAAAAAUAUAUGUUCUGUAAGAAUUAAAACAGAGUCCAAAAGAAUCAUAGGAAAAAAUGGAACUUAAAACAUUGAGUUGGAAGCGCACUUAUAAGUGAUGACCCUAAAUUAAUUAUUGAACUUGAGACCUGUAAUUAUUUAUCCAUUUGAACCACACAAGUUCUACACUACUCAAAAGCCCUAUUUUUUUUUCUUGUAAUUUCACAAAUUAAAUAAACUGUGGGUUGAAGUGGAGAGGAUGCCUGUGUCAUAGACACUACAGUUUAGAUAAGUACAUUUUUGACUAUUUUGUUCCAUGCAGUAUUCUCAAAGUGUUCUGAAACUCCUAUUACCUGUUUGUAUAUUUGCAAUUCCUUUGUAAUAUAAUUGUUGAUAUUUCCCAUUUUUAAAAAAAUACAAUUCAAAAUCAGCAUGACAAAUAACACUGUUGGCACUUAUAGAUAAUGUGAUUGAUUCGGUAUUUAGAGUUUACAGUUUUGUGUUAAAACUGAAGGUUUUUUUUAAGUGCAACUUUUUUUUCUGUAUACUGUAAAAGUUACAAUAACUGAAUUGUUUGGUCAAGUCUUUGUGUGUUAUAUUCCAAGAAAUUGAAAGUAUUCAGAAAUUAAACUAUUAUUUGAUAUCUGAAAAACUGUUUGGCUCUGACAAGUGUCUUUCAACCCAUGAAAUAAUCAUACUACAUUUAAAUAAUAAUAAUAAUAUAACCUUUUUAGUGCCAGAAAGCUGUUCAUCUUUCUGGGUCUAAAUGGGUUAAUUUUACCAUCUACUUUUUCAUUAUAUUUGUCCAAACGUGCAGCAGUUUAUUUUAAUGCAAAAUUCGGUUGGAAACGCUUAAAAUCAAUGAUUAGUCUAUGUUUGAAAAUUGCUAACCAUUCUUAGUAACAUAAUCCCCUAUUUAAUUAAAAAUGGAUUUCCAAGCGAAAGUGCACUGUAUAGGUAUUUGGCAAAAUAUAUUGCUGUUAUACGUGUCCCAAAUUAUUUAAUGACCAUAAAAUAAAGAUAUCAGGGAAAGUACACAGAACAUUUCGGGUAAUUCAGCGAAAAGUCGGUAAUGUAGAAAAUAGUACAUUUUAUAGAGUUUCUGAUUUUUUUUUAACGUAAGAGCCCAUUAAUCAUUGUAGUAGAGAUGUGUAUAAAUAAGAAAAAAUACAAAAACACUGUUUUUAUUUAAACAUGAAAUAGGGAAACAAUGAAUUGAAGCCAUCAGAAUAUUUCUUUUGGUUCUUCUUUAAUAUUUAUUUUUAAAUGUAUCCAUAUCGUUUUGGAUAUAUUAUUUGCAAAAUUGUAACAUUUUCCUUGAUGACAGACAGUAGGCCUUUAUUUUAAUUGAAACCUAAGAGAACUGCUUUAGAUGGUUAAGAUAUUUUUAUUGUCAUAAAGUCAGGCAUCUGCCAGAUGUUGGGUGUAUGGAAGCUUGUAAUUGGUUUAAGACUUAUCCCCCAGUCACACUUUAUUGUGGUUUUUACGAAAAUGGACUACAUUUUAAGUCGAUUAAACGGUAAUUUUAAUUUAGUCUAAAUGCACGUCUUGAUCAGAAAAUGAUGUAUGAAAGGGAUAUGAUGCAUUUAUAUAUAUAUAUAUAUAUAUAUAUAUAUAUAUAUAUAUAUAUAUAUAUAUAUAUAUAUAUAUAUAUAUAUAUAUAUAUAUACAUAUAUUGUAUCCAUAUACAUACAUAUAUAAAUUGCCUUCCAAUAGCACACACAUAAAUACCAGGAUAGAGAAUUGAUGUGUGUGGAACAGUACAAAAGCAGUGUAUUACUGACCUCUACAUUCUGGUUCAACUAUUGCAAGUCAAUUGUGAGUGUGUGGAGUUUGUAUUACAAAAAAAAACACAGGAUCUCUUUGUUUUGUGUUAGCUUGUUGUAAACAUGUGUUGUAAAUUGUCAUUGGUAUUAAAUUAUAAUUUAUGAUUUUAAAAAUCAAAA